AGUAAUUUGUAACAUCUUUCAAGUGUAUAUCUAUUAAUCUGUUUUUCAUAUCUACCAAUAUCAGAUAUAUAGGUAAGCUGAUUAUAUAAAUAUAUAAGAUGAUGAUAAUACGUAAGUUUGAAUCGUAGAAUAACUCUCAAGGUCACGUGCUAGACAACUGUACUUGUAGAAAUGAAACUGAUAGCUCACAUAACUGAACUGCAAUAUUAUAUACGAUGAGUUAAUAAUCAUUUAUUUAUAUAUGAACCCUAACUGAUGUGAAUUUAAUAUUUCAUAAUGGUAUAAACUCUGUAUAUUUUAGAAAUCGAAAUAUGGAACAAGGUUUACUAUUCUGUUGGUAUUUACUUCCGACUUUAUUGGCAUGGAUAGUAAAAUAUGCAAUUCGUCUAAUUUUAUUACCGAUUUUCAUCGUAUUUAUUCUUGGUUAUGUUGUGAAAUAUUUCAAGAAAAAGUCUAAAUUGCACAUUAAAUUAUUACGUAAAAGACAAUCAAUAACUCAAGGAAUGGAUCAUCUGAAAGAACAUCUUUCAUCCACGAAAAGCUCAUCAAAUAUUGAUUUACUAUCAGUUACAGAUCUGAAUUUAGAUACUAUCCAAGAACGUUUAGUUGAAGGCAAAUUUACAUCAGUUGACUUAUUACAUGCCUAUCAAAUUAAAGCUUUACAAUUAUAUGACUCAGGAAAUUCAGGAAUAUGUGAAUUUCUUGAUGAAGCGGAGCAGUUGGCUGUUGACGUUGCUAAAUUUAAUCGCUUACCUAAAAGUAAACAAACGUUGGUUGGUAUUCCUAUCAGUUUAAAAGAAUUAUGUUCGAUCAAGGGAUAUGAUGUAACAUUUGGUUUGAUAGAACGAUGUAAUAAACCUUCACAUGAAGAUUGUUGCAUAUUGGAAGUACUUAGACAUGAAGGAGCAAUACCUUUUGUUCUUACAGCAACUUCUCAAACAGCUCUAUCUCUGAGUGGAAUAAAUCCAGUAUUUGGUGAUAUGUCUAAUCCUCAUUCAUCAGAACAUGAAACAGGCGGGAGUUCUAGCGGUGAAGGUGUACUUCUAAGUUUACGGGGAUCUCCAGUUGGAAUCGGAACAGAUUUGGCUGGAAGUAUACGAAUUCCUUCGGUGUUCUGCGGUCUUGCUGGCUUAAAACCAACAACUAAUCGUAUUAGUAGUAAAGGUGUGGGUGUAAUCGGUCAUAAAAAGUCAGUAUUAUUGAGAGUAAGUGUUGGACCAAUGGGUAGACGAGUGGAUGAUCUAGCUAAAUUAAUGCGUACACUUUUAACAAUGAAAAUGUUUCAAAUGGAUCCAUAUGUGCCACCAUUACUGUUUAAUGAUAUGAUCUACGCGGGUACAGAUAAGCCGAAAUUGACAAUCGGAUAUUAUGCGACUCUAGAGGAUCCACUAAUUAUUACUAGCGUUCCAAGUGUUCGCAGAAUAGUGAAUGAAUCAGUGGACAUUCUAAGACAACGCGGUCAUAUAUUGUUACCGUUUCAUCCACCUGACAUAAAAUGGGCUUAUGAAUUAAGUAUGAAGGCGAUUUCUGUUGACACAAAAUAUAAUCUUCAAGAGGCUUUGUUUGCAGAACCACUAAAUGAACACACCAAAUUUCUCCACCUUUUAAUUAGUGUCCCACACUGGCUGAAAGUUAUGUUAGAUAAAUUAUUGAAUAUUAUCUUUGGUAGACCAGCUGCAGUUACAAGUUUCUUGGACGGUCCUAGGGGCGAAGCAAAAACACUAAAUUUAAUCUCAGAUAUUGAGUUGUAUAGACAUGAAUUUCAAAGAGCUAUGGAAGAAGCUGGUAAUUUGGAUGCAAUCAUUUGUCCAGUUUUCCCCUUCCCAGCAUUUCCAAAGUCGGCUAAAUCGAUGUUUGUUACGCCAGCUAUUGCUUAUACAGUAUUGUUUAACUUGUUAGAUUAUCCAGCUGGAACAGUUCCAAUGGGAUAUGUGAGUAAGGAAGAUGUACAAAACUCAAAAGUGAUGGCUGAAGAAUACAAGAAAGUUGGCAAUCGAUUUCUUUCUGAGGUAUUCAAGUAUCAGGAAACAAGUGAAGGCUUACCGGUUGGUGUACAAAUUAUUGGUAAACCAUGGCAAGAAGAGCGUGUGCUAUAUGUUAUGAAAGAACUGGAGACAUCAAAAACACUAAAUAGUUAGAACCGUUAUUCUAAACCUUAUUUCUUCAGUUGACUUAGCUCGACCAUAUAUUAUCGCGUUGCUGUAAAAUAUUCAUUACCGUUUAAUCUACACAGAAGUAUAAUAUUUUAAUAUGAAAAAACUGAAUUCGGCUUUCGAAUUUUGAAAUCUACCUACUUCUUUCAUCGAAAUAUAAAAAUUCCUAGAUAUUGUUUCAUUUUUGUUCAUGCAGUAUUUUAAACAGAUUCGUUGGAACAGUAGCAAAUAUUAGUUGAAAUCGAAAUGUGAAUUCAUUAUUAACUAAAAAAUAGCAAUUUGUGUGCAAUUUUCAUUUCUUUUAAGUACUAGGUCGUUACAGUAAUUGUUAAGCAGAGAAUCAUACUCAGUAUUCUUUAUUACACUAAUGUGAUUUGAACUAGGCAUCCUAUAACUUUAAUCUUAUCUCCUUCAAUAUAUUCUUGUUUAUCAUAAUACUUGUGUCACAUCUUGCUUUCCAUUGUUCAAAUCAUUCCUAGAAGCCCUCAUUUCAACUGCAUCUUUUUGGUUAGUGAGUGUUUCAAUUAUUGUGUUAUGUGGAAGUGCUAUAUAUGUAUAAUAUCCAAUCCACUGAUAGUGAUCUACCUCGGUGACAAAAAUAUAGGCCUGAUUUUCGAUAAAAAUGACUUGUUUUGAGCAACAGCCGGACGUAUGUGUUUAUUAAUAUAUCUUUUUAGUAGCGAAAGAAAAUAAGUAAAGGAAUCUAAUCUAGCUAGAACUGGGA